UUGAACGUCUUCUUCUUCCGGCCUCUUUUCGUUGAGGCUCAGCUAGCGGCCGGCCUGCAAACAUGCAGAUCUUCGUGAAGACGUUGACGGGGAAAACCAUCACCCUCGAGGUUGAGCCCAGCGAUACUAUUGAAAAUGUCAAGGCAAAGAUCCAGGAUAAGGAAGGAAUUCCCCCUGAUCAGCAGCGUCUGAUCUUCGCUGGCAAACAGCUGGAGGAUGGACGUACACUGUCAGACUACAACAUCCAGAAAGAAUCCACUCUGCAUCUGGUUCUGCGUCUGCGUGGUGGUAUCAUUGAGCCUUCACUCAGGCAGCUGGCCCAGAAAUACAACUGCGACAAGAUGAUUUGCCGCAAGUGCUAUGCCCGUCUGCACCCCCGUGCUGUCAACUGCCGCAAGAAGAAGUGCGGACAUACCAACAACCUUCGCCCCAAGAAGAAGCUGAAGUAAACAUGUAGACUGAACUCAGCACAUUGUGCAUCUUUGUGUUAAAAUAAACUUAAGAAAAUUCAA